AUGCUCAAGUUUUAUUUUCAGAGUAAUGUCCUGGAGCUGUGGUCAUUGUUUGAUUUCUUAAUGCCUGGUUUUCUCGGAAGUGAAAAGCAGUUUCAGUCUCGGUUUGGUAAACCCAUUCUACAGAGUAGACUAAGUAGUUAACACACAACCUGCGUAGCUUUUGGUCCUUGAUCAAAAACAAGGCAGUCUAAACAGUAAAACGAACGUCAGAGCUCCAAUCCUCUUUCCGUCACUCAAGAGUUCCACAGAGCCGCUAGAUAUACGUGUUAGUCACCUCAGCACCCUGACAUCUGGCUUAGCGUUUGUUGAACAAAAAGGACAAUAGAUGUUGUGCUUCACCAGCCUCUGCAAGACGCUCCCGUUUUUCGGCUAUCAUAGGUUUAAUACUUCGUGUAUUUGACUGAAAUGUUAGAUGGUUUUACCCUGAAUUUCCCGCCGGUCUCACCCUUUUCAUUCCAAAGACCACGCCCUAAAGAAAGUGAGUUGUCCCUCCUCGGCGAUGAUUUUGAUGAAAAGACUGUUUGCCUGUCAGUAAGAUUUCAUGGCGUUGUGGGUCAUAAAUGAGAUGAUACCGUGGUCUGUAUUGACACAUGUGUCCCUUUCUUAGGGCCCUUGGCUAUGGAGGCUCUUCAUCGUCAGGUUUUACCAUUCCUAUUGAGGCGUCUGAAAGAAGAUGUACUGCAAGAUCUUCCACCAAAGAUCAUUCAAGAUUACUACUGUGAACUGAGUCCGCUACAGGUCAGUCUGUUGCUAUGGCCAACAAUCAAAGUGCGCCACUGGGUCGAUGUAUAA